CAGCAAGUUUAUGCCUUCCCUUGACAUGAUUCAAGGAGAAAGAUGAGAACUUCCAUGGUUCAAAAUCCGGGCGUCAAAUCGGUUGGAAACUUCAGUACUAGAUUCUCUUUGCCAUCCUUUCUAAAACGUGUUAAGAAGUUGACAGAUAGUCAAAAGGAUUCCAUAAGUAGGACUGGAUUUGGAAAUUUGCUCCUCAUUCAAACUCAAAUGCUUUCCAAAAACCUAUUAGUUGAAUUGAUGGAAAGAUGGGAUUACGAGAAACAUGCUUUUGUACUUCCUCCAGGCGAGAUAACCAUUUCUCUCCUGGAUGUUGCGUUAAUUUUGGGAUUACGAGUGACAGGAAAUCCUGUUCUUUUACGAGAAGAUACACCUUUCUUAGAUCUAGAAAGAGAAUAUAAUGUUGCCCUGUGGAAUAGAAAAAUCACGGUUGCAUCAUUAGAGCAAAGACUUGAUUCCCUUGCUGAGACCAACAAUGAAGAUUUUGUGAGGUCUUUCUUGUUAUACAUGUUUGGAACUUUUCUGUUUCCAAAUACAAAUGGCAAAAUUGAUUCUCGCUAUGUAUAUCUUCUCCGAGAUAUUGAUAAAGUGAACAGUUUUGCUUGGGGAGCAGCUGUUCUUGCAGAUGUAUUUCACUGGUUGUGCAGGAGAAAGAAGGAAAAAUUACAAUAUGUUGGAGGUUGUCUUAUUUUUCUUCAAAUAUGGUGCUAUGAACACAUUGACAUUGCUCGUCCACGUUUACUGAACUACCGCUCUACGUUACCCCGUAUCUGCAAUUGGGAAACUACUAAAUCUCAUCAUAGACAAUGGUUCACAACAAAAUUCAAAGAACUAGAGACUAAUCAGAUAAUUUGGAGCCUUGAACUGACUUCUGAUGAGUCCAAUAGCGACAUAAUCAAAGAGUUGAUAGUGGCAGAAAAGAGAACAUGGUUUGACCUGAACACACAAUCUUCAGUGGAUACUCCGCCUCAUAUUGACCAUACUGUGAAAAGUGGAUAUCAGUCGAUGGGUCAUUUGAUCGUUCACCUGGAAGCUGAAUCAGAGAGUGAAAGUAACAGACCAGCAUACGGAAUGCAAAAUAUUUCUUCUGAUGCAGUUAGUUUGCGUGAAACUGUAUCAGGAUCUUCUGCAUGUCACUAUUUGGAUAAAGAAAAAGAACUGACAGAGCAUUCACAAGCUUCAGGAGCAAAUGUGGCUAUAUUAAUCAGUAGUGAUGACGAUUGGGAGGAUGAUCUGCAGAAGAAAAGCCAGACUCUAGAAGAGCAGAUAGUUCAACUAAAGAACAAAAUUGGUGACUUGACAAGAGAGAACAAGAUUCUGAAAAUCCAACUAUUCUCGAGUCUAAAGUUUGAAGAGCAGAACAAGAAACUAAUGGAUGAAAUUGAAAAUCUGCGACAAGAAAACCAAGAACUGAGUGAAUCAACCAACUGUCUCGUGACUCGAUUAGAAAAACUUGUGGUUGAUGAGAUCACAGAUACAUUAGAUAAUGAGAGCAUAGAGAACAAUCUUUGAAACAAACCUAAAAGAGUCUAUUCAGAU